AUGGCUGUGAAAACCAGUAAAAUAGAUGAAAAAACGAUAAGAAAUCACAUGGUAAACAGUUCUAAUAAGCAAUUUCAUGAAAUUGAAGACAAUGUCUUCUCACCAAAUUACCUUGAACAACCCAUUCAAAAUAAAACUGACUUUGAUGAUGGUAGAAUAUUCCGCUUACCAUCUUUAAACACUAGUGGAAAUUUACCAAUAAGAAGUCGACAUAUUGAUAGAAAUGCUGAAAGUUUUACCACCGUCGUUACUGAAAAGAUUGCUUCAAUUGGAGAACCACAAUACAAGAUACCAACAUCUCGUAAGAAUUCAGGUGAUUCAAUGACUAAAGCUAAUGGUGGUACUCAGAAAGUGGAUUACUUAUUAUUUGAUGCUCCAUCUUGGAUGAAACAAGUCAAGUUGAAAACUCCUAAUGCUAACAGCCCUGAGCGAUGUUCAUCACCACCGCCAAUUACUUUACGUAAAAGUAUUGAUGAAAAACGUGAUCCAGGAAAUUUGACUAUAAUCCAUAAGGAUAAUAUAAAAAGCGUAAAUUCUGAGAGUUUUAUAACUCAGUCAUCCAAUACAGUAACAGCGAAAAACUGGCCGAUACCGUCUACAAGUCCUCGAUCAAAUGGAACAUCUAAAUUUGCAUGGUCUGGAUCAGAUCGCUUUCCAGAGUUAGGCUCAAAGGUCAGUCGUUCUGCGGGUGUACAAAAGCCAGAAGAAGUUUACAUUGAAAAUGAUAUGAAAACGGAGUUGUUCAAAAACAAAAAUGAUACGAUACGUUGUUUAAGUGCUUCACCAAAUCACCAGAAUCUCGUAGAUUAUUCAUCACACAAGCUAGCACCACUUUCACCAUCGACAAAAAUGAUAAAUCCAAUAGUUGAAAGAGUAAAUCUUGUUAACCUACCUAGUAAAUUAAAUGAUGCAUCACAGGUAAAAGUUGCUGGAAGUCAGUUUUCAGAUCAUGAAUCCAGAUGGAUGAAGGAGAAAAAUGAAAAUCAUUUCGAAAAUAAAAUGAAUGAAUAUAACACUAAAUCAACUUUUGAACAGCCACCAUUUUCUCGAAUGAUACGUAGUUCACCUUGUAGUCCAGUUCUAGAAAGAAAUAUGACUAUUAAACAAAUAAAUGAUGAGGAAAUUUCACGUCAUCAAACAAGACAAACUGGUCUCCCACCACGUCCACUUAGAUCUCCAAUCAUGAGAAUGAGUGGUCGUUCUGCCUCACCUAUCGUUAGUCGAAUACCUUCGAAAACACAAUCGUCUACUCAAUUCGGUAAUGGUACUACAACAUCUACUCGAAUUGAUCCAGUCACUGGUGAAGUUCAACAUGUGACUUCACGCACAAGAUCAUAUACAGAUUUAAAUCAAAACGCUACAGUAACCGAAUUUGAAGAAAACAUUCGUGCAGAAGGAGAAACUGAAGUGAGAGUUGUCAGGCGAAAAACCAGAAAAAUAAAACCAAGUACGAACAGAGAAUCACGGAUGACCGACAGUUCAGGAUUUCAUCAAGAUUCAAGAAGCUGUCAGCGUACAGAAGAAAUAAAAACUGAAAGAAGAGCUGAAGAAGAGCUUCAUUAUCAAUAUCCUAUGUCUAAAGUUCAGCCGCAUAGAACAGCAAGUCAAACAAAUAUCAGUGGACCGACAUCGAUGACUAAAACAGCAUGGUUAUCAGAGACUAAUUUGAGAAACAGUUCAAUGUGUAAACAGCCACCAAUGUACUCAACAUACUCUGCCCAUAAAGAAAAUAUGCGUCGUAUGCAGGAACAAAGAAGAACAGAGGAUUGGCAAGCUUCUAACAGACAGCUGCAUGAUUCAAGGUCAGUCGGUAGUCGUGCCGUCCUUGAAGAAAUGGAAACUAUAACACUACAACCAAUUGGUCGGGGAGUACAUGAUCUUGAACCACCCACUGGUUCAAUAGCUCGUUCGGUUAGAGCUAACACACCAACUGCAAAUAGAUCAUAUUCUGGUGGCUGGGAUCAACAAGAUGGUUUUCGUACAAUUGCAACAACAAAUUACCACCGUGAAAUGCAUACAUCUGGACCUCAAUCACCAUAUCUUGGAGCAGUUAGACAAAAUUCACAAUAUGAAGCAACACCGAUGGUCAACCGAUCAACGUUCCAACAAUCUGAAAGUAAUUGGAAAACUACCACACCCUUUUCACCUACCGGAAGCUUGUGUGGAACUAAUGUCGCUGUUGAUGCUGUGGAUGGUGAUGUGUCAGGCAUGCGUCAGGUUGUUGAAACUUCGAAAUACUGGUAUUUACCAGGGAUCUCACGACCAGAUGUGAUUGCAUUACUACGUGACAAGGAACCUGGAAGCUUUGUCAUUCGUAACAGUAAUACAUAUGCAGACAGUUUUGGAUUAGCUUUAAAAAUUCCUCCAAGUUCACCGAGAGGAGUGCUCAACAAAGAUGAUCCUCAAUCUGAAUGGGUUCGUCAUUUUUUGAUUGGCACCGUCCCUAUGCAUGAUGGACGUGGGAAUGGAGUUCAUCUUAGGGGAUUUUCGAGUGAUCCAACAUUUCCUAGCUUAGCAGCCUUCGUUCAGUAUCAUAUUAAUCGACAAGGAGCUCUACCAUGUACACUCCGCCUUCCUACAGUCACUAAUCAUAUGCUCUUCAACCAGCAACGAACAAUCGUUAACGAUCAAACAGCCUAUAAUACAGAAACACCAUUACCUACUGUAGUACCAAGUAGCACAAUGACUGUAGAUAUGUUAUAUCUUGGUUCAGUUGAAGUUGACCGCCUUGAAAAUAUGAAUGCUGCAAGUCGUGGAAUAGGUAAAAUAAUUAGUCUUGCAGAAUCUUAUGCAAAUGGAUUACCAAAACAGUGUGAAGUUCAAAUCAGAGUUGUUCCACAUGAAGGCUUCAUUUUUAUGGAGAAAUCUAGACGAAGUGUAUGGAAAAAAGUGAUCAAGCCAAGUAAUCUACUUUGGUGUGGUAUAGAUCCAGAAAAUCGAGAGUUUAAUGACGUGGAAUUACGGUCCAAAGGAAUGUAUGGUUCCAAGAUAUUUGCUGUAGUCGCUCGUAAACAACGAUUUUGGCUGCAUGAAAAUGUGGUUUAUGUAUUCUGUGAAAUAAAUCAUAGUUAUUCAGCUAACAAUUUAGUACGAUAUGUGAAUUCUGUAUUUCCUUGUUUAAGGGAUUAA